GGUGAGGAUGUGAUAGUGUGACCUUUUCUCACAACUCACAAGUAGUGAAGCUAUAAAAUUGCCCUCAACUUCAAAUACAAAGCCACUCUCCUUUUCUUUGUCUUCACUCGGCAUCAUCAUGGCUAAAGCUAUCAGAGAGAAGGACGGGAAAGCUAUCCUCUGCUCUUACCUGAAUGAGCUCCGCUUCUCCGAAGAAUAUAAAGACUUUACUGUAAAGCUACCUCCUCUUCGCUCACUAACUGCAACUAGCACUAACUUAGAGGAACUGGCCUCCAACAACCAAUGGCUUAAGAAUGAGUCUCUGGUUGUCAAACCAGAUCAGCUGAUAAAGAGAAGAGGGAAGUUAGGUCUCGUCGGUCUCAAUAAAACCCUCAAGGAAGUCCAGCUGUGGCUAAAAGAUAACGAAAACAAGGAGAUACAAGUUGACGCUGCUACUGGGAAACUUAGAAAUUUUAUCGUUGAGCCUUUUAUGCCACACGCUGAUAAGGAGGAGUAUUAUUUAUGCAUUUAUGCUACAAGGAGUGGAAACACAGUCCUGUUUCAUACAGAGGGAGGAAUGAGUGUAGGGGAUAUUGACAGCAAAGCUUAUCGUGUUGAUAUUGAUAUUGAUUCCACGCUGGGUAUUGAUAGAGCCCUGAGUCUUGUUGAAUCAGCACCUUCUGAUAUGAGACAGGUUUUGGCUGAAUACAUUGUGCUACUCUACAGAGCCUAUGCUGACCUUUAUUUCACAUAUCUUGAGAUCAACCCACUUGUGGUGAAGGGCAAUGCUGUUCAUAUGCUUGAUUUAGCUGCUAAACUCGAUUCAACUGCCGAGUAUCUUUGCAAAAAGAAGUGGUCUGGGAUUGAGUUCCCUCCACCAUUUGGAAGGGAUGCUUUACCCGAGGAGUCUUACAUAGCUGAUCUAGAUGCUAAGAGUGGUGCAUCUCUCAAACUGACAGUGUUGAAUCAAGCUGGUAGAAUAUGGACGAUGGUUGCUGGGGGUGGAGCUUCAGUUAUAUACAGUGAUACUAUUUGUGAUUUAGGAGGUGGAGCUGAAUUAGCUAAUUACGGAGAAUACUCUGGUGCCCCCAGUGAGUCACAGACUUACGAGUAUGCUAAGACGAUCCUUGGUUUAAUGACUAGUGGUCCUACAAGACCUGAUGGGAAAAUACUGAUAAUAGGAGGAGGAAUAGCUAACUUCACUAAUGUAGCCGCAACUUUUAAAGGUAUUGUAAGGGCACUUCAAGACUUUAAGCACAAACUGAUAGAGCACAAAGUAACCGUUUUUGUCCGAAGAGGAGGCCCCAAUUACCAAGAGGGUUUAAGGGUGAUGAGAGAGGCCGGCUCCAAGCUAGAGAUUCCUCUUCAUGUGUUUGGUCCUGAGACUCACAUGACUGCUGUGGUGGGGAUGGCUCUUGGCAAGAGACCACUGCCUAAAUCAUUUGAAGAGACGACACCGCAGAAUUCGUUCAAAGUUCCAAUAACUCCAGUGACCUCUGGCUCUUCCCUGGCUGAAAUGGCUAACAGAGAUGCCACUCCUCCAGUAUCAGUCCUUGUCAAUUUGUGGGAGGAGACACAAGAGGCUGCCUACUCUCCUCCCACUCCGCUCUUCACUAAUAAGACUGUUGCUAUUGUAUGGGGUAUGCAGCCAAGGGCUGUUCAGAGCAUGUUGGACUUUGAUCAUCUUUGCUCAAGAGUCAAGCCAUCAGUAGCUGCUAUGGUGUAUCCUUUUAGUGGCAAUCACAAGCAGAGGUUUUACUGGGGAUCCAAGGAAAUCCUUUUACCAGUUUAUAAGAAUAUGUCUGAAGCAGCUGCCAAGCACCCCGAGGCUGAUGUUCUUGUCAAUUUUGCUUCUCUUCGUUCAGCAUAUGAGGCAUCAGUUGAAGCUAUGACCUAUAAACAAUUCAAGUGUAUUGCUAUCAUUGCUGAGGGUAUCCCAGAGAAUCUCACUAAGAAGCUGAUCAAAAUGGCCAAUGAAAAGAAAGUCUCAAUCAUUGGUCCAGCUACAGUGGGUGGGAUCAAACCAGGCUGCUUCAAAAUCGGCAACACUGGAGGAAUGACCGAUAACAUCAUCUCAUCCAAACUGUAUCGUCCCGGGAGUGUCGCUUAUGUGUCUCGCUCUGGUGGUAUGUCAAACGAGCUCAAUAAUAUAAUAUCAGGCUGUACUAAUGGGGUCUAUGAAGGAGUUGCUAUUGGAGGGGACAGGUACCCUGGGACAACAUUUAUGGAUCACAUCUUUCGCUAUCAUGACAACCCGGACGUCAAGAUUCUAGUUGUGUUAGGAGAAGUUGGCGGAAUAGAAGAGUAUGAGAUAUGCAAGAAUGUUAAGUCAGGGAGAUUGUUCAAGCCAGUUAUUGCCUGGUGCAUUGGUACUUGUGCUAAAAUGUUCUCAUCAGAAGUCCAGUUUGGUCAUGCUGGUGCUUGUGCUACUAGUGAUAAAGAAACAGCUGAUGCUAAAAACAAGGCACUUUUAGAAGCUGGUGCUAUUGUUCCUGAUAGCUUUGAUACACUUGGAACAGUUAUCAGAGAGGUGUAUGAGCAACUGGUAGCAGCUGGACUGAUUGUACCUGCUCCUGAGAAACAACCACCAACUCUACCAAUGGACUACUCAUGGGCUCAAGAGCUCGGUCUUAUUAGAAAGCCGUCAUCUUUCCUUUCCAGUAUCUGUGACGAGAGAGGAGAGGAGCUGCUCUAUGCUGGUAUGCCUAUAUCUGAUGUCUUCAAGGAGGAGAUUGGAAUAGGAGGUGUCCUUAGUCUACUCUGGUUCCAAAGAAGGUUGCCCGAAUAUGCUUGCAAGUUUCUAGAGAUGUGUCUGAUGGUGACAGCAGAUCACGGUCCAGCAGUCUCAGGUGCCCACAAUACCAUUGUAACCACUAGAGCAGGCAAGGAUCUCGUGUCAUCACUGACUUCUGGUUUACUUACCAUUGGUGAUAGGUUUGGUGGUGCAUUGGAUGGUGCUGCCACUCAGUUCUCUGAAGCUUAUGAUUCUGGCAUAAUCCCAAUGGAGUUUGUGAAUGAAACACGCAAACAGCACAAGCUCAUUAUGGGAAUUGGACACCGUGUCAAAUCACUUAACAAUCCUGACAUGAGGGUCCUUAUCAUUAAAGAGUUUGUUAAGAGUAAUUUCCCAGUUACUCAUGUACUGGACUAUGCACUUGAAGUAGAGAAAAUCACCACAUCAAAAAAGCCUAAUCUUAUAUUGAAUGUUGAUGGUGUCAUUGCUACUUCAUUUGUUGAUCUCAUUCGUUACAGUGGAGCAUUCACACCAGAGGAGGCACACGAGUAUUUGGAGAUUGGUACAUUGAAUGGUUUGUUUGUUCUUGGGAGAACUAUGGGAUUUAUUGGUCACUAUCUAGACCAGAAGAGAUUGAAGCAAGGUCUCUAUCGUCAUCCGUGGGACGACAUAUCCUACCUCAACCCUCAGAUGAUCCCUGACCUCUUGUUCUAAACCACAGGAUAUUUAAAAAGUCAUUAUUUUAAUUCUUUGACCUCUUAUUAGUGAUUAGUAAUUAUUAUUAUUAACAAAUACAUUAAGUUUGUUGAUUGCA